AAAAUGUAAUUGUCUCUAGAACAGGGACCAAAAAACUUUAGAAAGAACUUCAGGAGUUUAACAAGAUCUUAUAUAUUGCUUUUUGGAAAAGAGAAUUAGUGGUAACUCAUAAGUAAAUUCCUGGAGAACGCUAACAUGCUCUGGACUCCAGCAUCUCCUAAAAGGACUGGGUUUCAACAUGGCGGGGCGGCUGGCUGUCUCCCAGGGCACCCCGCAUGGCAGGAGGCACGCACGGGUUGGGAAGAGCAGUCACUUGAACCUCUGUGUCCUCUCCACAGAUCGACCGUGGGGCGCCCUGCUGGCAUCCGAGCUGGGAUGGAAAUUCUAUGAUGCGGACGACUAUCAUCCAGAGGAGAACCGAGUGAAGAUGGGAAAAGGGAUCCCACUUAAUGACCAGGACAGGAUUCCAUGGCUCUGCAACUUACAUGACAUUUUACUAAGAGAUGUAGCCUCUGGACAGCAUGUGGUUCUAGCCUGUUCAGCUCUGAAGAAAGCGUACAGAGACAUCUUAAUACGAGGAAAAGAUGGCGCACCCCUGAAGUGUGAUGAGACGGGGAAGGACAGCCAGCCAGCUGAGGUGAAGCUCCUUGUGGUCCAUCUGAGUGGGUCGUUUGAGGUCAUCUCUGGACGUUUACUCAAAAGAAAAGGACAUUUUAUGCCCCCUGAGUUACUGCAGUCCCAGUUCGACACUCUGGAGCCCCCAUCGGCUCCAGAAAAUUUCAUUCAAGUCAGUGUGGACAAAAAUAUUCCAGAGAUAAUUGCUACAGUCCUGGAAACUCUAACAUGAGAAUGGUUUCAGAUCGGGGGUCCAGAACAAUCAGGCAGACGUCUCUGUCCCAUCCCAAACUAUGUUUUAGUGUCUUUGCCAAUACUGGAUUCUAAAUUCUUGGGUAACAAGCCCUAGUGUACGGAGCUAUACUUGUCUAGGUAUAUUUUUAGGAAUUUGUGCUCUACACACGAGGAGACAGGAGGGAACUUUGAAAGUCAAGCUUCAAUAGAAAUUCAAAUUCCUGUGACCUAAUCAGAUGAUCAGAGGGAAUUCUAUAAUCAGUGCUGUAAAUCACAACCUUAUUUAGAAUAUCCUUGAUUGUGCCUGUAUUUGAACAAAUAAAUGAAACUUGGCUAUCCUCGGCAUCCCCUGUAUACUGGCCUCAGGAGCAGAAACCUGCACAAAAUCGACUGCUUACCAGCAAGUCACGUCACACCACACGCUUCCUAAUCCUCUCCUCUUGGAUCAUCUCAAGAUAAAUAAAUAAAAAGCACAUACAGUUAACGGAUAUAAAAAACUGCAAAAGUGGAACUUCAGUGGAUGAAACACGGGACUCACUGACCCAACUGUCCCCACUCGUUUUACGGAGGCCCCUGUGAGACCAGGCUGGUGUCAGCCACCUGCCCUCCUGCUGCAAAAGCCGUCAGCAGUUGGGGCGCCUGGGUGGCACAGCGGUUAAGCGUCUGCCUUCAGCUCAGGGCGUGAUCCUGGCGUUAUGGGAUCGAAGCCCCACAUCAGGCUCUUCUGCUAUGAGCCUGCUUCUUCCUCUCCCAUUCCCCCUGC